AUGAAGGAGCUUAUGACGCAACUUCAGGAGUUGUUGGACAACAGUUUCAUUCAACCUAGUUCAUCACCCUGGGGAGCUCCAGUGCUAUUCGUGAAGAAGAAAGACGGAAGCAUGAGAAUGUGUAUAGACCACCGAGAGCUGAACAAGGCAACGGUGAAGAACAAGUAUCCAUUGCCAAGGAUUGAUGACCUAUUCGAUCAGUUGCAAGGUUCGAGCUAUUUCUCAAAGAUCGAUCUUAGGUCAGGAUAUCAUCAGCUGAAAGUGAGAGAGCAGGAUAUCGAGAAGACUGCAUUCAGAAUAAGAUAUGGACACUACGAGUUCUUGGUUAUGUCGUUUGGACUAACCAAUGCUCCAGCAGCAUUCAUGGAUUUGAUGAACAGGGUUUGUAAACCAUUCCUCGAUAAAUCUGUGAUAGUGUUCAUCGACGACAUUCUGAUCUACUCAAGAAGCCAGGAGGAGCAUGGCAAGCAUCUACGAGAAGUGUUGGAAGUGUUAAAGAAGGAGAAGCUUUACGCUAAGUUCUCCAAAUGUGAUUUUUGGAUACGAGAAGUCCAAUUCUUGGGUCAUGUGGUUAACCAGGAGGGAAUAAUGGUUGACCCAGCAAAAAUCGAAGCUGUAAUGAAGUGGGAACGUCCAAAGAGUCCCACAGAAAUUCGAAGCUUUCUAGGAUUAGUCGGAUAUUACCGACGAUUUAUCCAAGGCUUUUCUUCGAUAGCUGCUCCAUUGACAGCGUUGACCCACAAGGGAGCUACUUAUCAAUGGAGUGAGAAACACGAAGAAGCAUUCGAGAAGCUAAAUAAGAAGUUAUGUGAAGCACCGAUUCUUUCUCUACCCGAUGGAGUUGAAGACUUCGCAGUCUAUAGUGACGCAUCUGGAGUCGGGUUGGGUUGUGUUCUGACUCAAAGAGAAAAGGUGAUAGCAUACGCGUCUCGACAAUUGAAGGAGCAUGAAACGAACUACCCCACUCACGAUUUGGAGUUGGCAGCGGCAACGACGCUGGCUAGAAUUACUAAGGACUACGACUGUGAGAUACUUUACCACCCCGGUAAAGCAAAUGUUGUUGCUGAUGCUCUCAGUCGGAAAGUCAAUCUUGAAAGGAAAAGGCCAAGAGCAUUGAGAAUUGAAGUUGUCUCGACAAUUGUGGAAAGUAUCAAGAAAGCUCAAGAAGAAGCUUCAGAAAAGAAUGACCGAAAGGAAGAACGUUUGGGAAGGACGUUGGUAUUCGGUACAAACCGUCAAGGGCUGAAGGUAAUCCAAGAUCGGAUUUGGGUACCUAAGACGGGAGGAAUAAGAGAUCUUCUGAUGGAAGAAGCUCACAAGACCAUGUACUCAAUUCAUCCCGGUAGCACAAAAAUGUAUAGGGACCUAAAACCCUACUACUGGUGGCCGACGAUGAAGCUCAAUGUUGCGAAGUAUGUGGCCGAGUGUGUAACAUGUGCGAGAGUUAAGGCACAACAUCAUAAACCAUACGAGAGUUUAGAACCUUUACCUGUACCCAUGGGUAAACGGGAAGACAUCACCAUGGAUUUUGUGACUAAACUGCCCAGGACAAAGAACGGUCACGACAUGAUUUGGGUGGCCGUGGAUCGUUUCACUAAGAGUGCACACUUCAUAGCAGCCAACGAAAGGUGGUCUAUGGAUAAGCUUGCAAAUUCUUACGUGAAGAAAAUUGUGAGACUUCACGGUGUUCCUCUAACGAUUGUAUCCGAUCGUGAUAGUCGUUUCACGUCGAGGUUUUGGAGGAGUCUACAAGAGGAACUGGGUACGAAGUUGUGUCUGAGUACAGCUUACCAUCCGCAGACUGAUGGUCGGAGCGAAAGAACGAUUCAAACGCUUGAAGAUAUUCUGAUAGCAUGUACCCUUGAGUUCCAAGGUAACUGGGACGAGCACUUACCUUUGGUAGAAUUUUCCUACAACAACAGUUUCCACUCGAGCAUCAAUAUGGCACCCUAUCAAGCCUUGUACAGACAGAAGUGUCGUACGCCGUCUUGUUGGCUUGAGGCUGGAGAAAAGCAGUUUAUGGGCCCCGAGUUAGUCCAUGAGACUGCUGAAAAGUUGAAAGUAAUCAGGGAGAGGAUGUUAGCAGCUCAUGAUCGUCAGAAGAGCUAUGCUGACAAGAAAAGACCACCGAUGACCUUCGAAGUUGGGGAUUCGGUUGUGCUUAAGGUCUCACCGUGGAAGGGACUUAUAAGAUUCGGGAAACGAGGAAAGUUGAGUCCAAGGUUUAUUGGACCGUUCAAAGUUUUCCAGAAGAUUGGGAACCAAGCUUACAAGCUGGAAUUGCCCGAAGAACUCGAUGGUAUUCAUAACACCUUCCAUGUGUGUUAUUUGAGGGAGUUCACGGGAGAAGUUCCCGACAUAAUUCCAAUCUCAGAGUUAAGGAUGGAUGAAAACAAGAGGCCGACUGAAGAGCCCGAGGCAAUUGUUGACCGUAAGACUAAGAAGUUAUGA